CCCUUCGGCACUCUCAGCUUCCACAGGGCCCGUGACGCCUGGAGGCAGCUGGUGGAGCCCGUCAGGACACCUGUAGCCGAGGAAACUGAACGUAUUUAAAAACCAAAGAAGUAGACCGUCUGUCCAGGUGGUUCCUAUUCUUGGGAAGUCUCCACAGCUGCUAAAGACACAGUCAUGUCACCUGCAGUGUUGAUGAACCUUCUGCGCUGCGGUCGGGUCUCUGUCUCCAGACACGGCGCCCUCUCCGCUCGCUCCUCCCCCGAAACCUCCACACCAUCUGGGCAGAUGGGCAGAGCCAUGUUGGGGAUCAUGGGGGUGCGUCAGGCCAGUGGAUCCACCCGAUUUGAUCCAGACAACAGUGGGCGACCGCUGACAUGGGACUCCUUUGGAAUUUGGGACGAUCGCAUAGAAGAACCAAUUCUGCUGCCCUCCAGUAUCAAAUAUGGAAGACCUAUUCCACAGGUCAGUCUGUCUCGGGUCGGCAGCACGUCUGUUGUUGGCCUCAGGAAGCAGAACGAGGACAGACUCCGCAUCGCCCGUUUCCAUGACAGCCUGCUUUACUUUGCUGUGUUUGACGGUCAUGGUGGCUCAUACGUGGCAGACUACUGCCAGACUUACAUGGAGAAAUUCAUCAGAAAUGCUUUGGAAGAGGACGAUGACCUGGAAAAAGUCUUAAAGAAAGCCUUCUUAGAUGUUGAUAAGGCUCUUCACACCCACCUCUGCCUCUUCAAUGAUGCUUCUUUCUUGACCGCCGGAACCACAGCAACAGUUGCUAUGCUACGUGACAGCCAUGAGCUGGUGGUGGGCAGUGUUGGUGACAGUCGGGCUGUGCUUUGCAGGAAGGGACGAGCCAAAAAGCUCACGAAAGACCACACACCCGACCGCAAAGAUGAGAGACAACGGAUCCAGAGGUCUGGGGGGUUCGUAACAUGGAAUAGUGUAGGCCAAGCCAAUGUUAAUGGACGUCUUGCUAUGACACGCAGCAUUGGAGACUUCCACCUUAAAUCCAUUGGAGUGAUUGCAGAGCCGGAAACACAAAGACUCAACAUCCACCAUACCAGCGACUCCUUUUUAGCUUUGACCACGGAUGGAAUCAACUUCCUGUUGAGUGACCAAGAAAUCUGUGAUAUCAUCAGUCAGUGCCACGACCCAACAGAGGCUGCAGAUGUCAUUGCUCAGCAGGCGCUGCAGUACGGCUCAGAGGACAACGCCACCAUCGUCAUCGUUCCACUGGGGGCCUGGGGCAAACACAAAAGCUCCACCGCCAUCUACAGCAUGAGCAGGAACUUUGCCUCCAGCGGGAGAUGGGCGUGAACACAACGCCGUUACGACAGGAGCAGCUAACGGGCUAAAGUCAACCACAAACCACAGCUACUUCCUUCAUGUCGCCCCUCUGAAGCACGUAGAGAUGCUUCACUGCUGUUGGAUCGGUCAACAGUGUAAAUAGUGUAUUAUAAUAAUCCAUGCUGUACAUAGAGAUUUGCUGCCGUGUUUGUUCACUGUGUCGUUUGUAUGUUUGCUUGUUGAUAAAAUACUUCGACAUUUCCCCAAAACUAAGAAGGUCAGUGACUUCAAAGGGUUUAAAAUCUUCUUAAAACACAGAAUCAUAAAAUAUGUAAAUAUUCCUAAAGAAAGCUUAAUGUCAGACUAACUGUCCAGACUUCUGACUUUAUGCACACAGGAAGAAAAUAGUUUCCCUUCUAUAUUUUUAUAAGUAGUUUAUUUUCAUAUUUUUGUAGGUCUUGAUUUGGAUUGAUGUAGAUGACGGAUCGCAGAGCAGAAACCAACCAGGAUCCAUUAGUUUACGUCCGUUUUUUCCUUUUACUUUAAUUUGUUUUCGGCUGUAAACCAACCAACUACUAAAGCCCAAACGAAGGGAAACACACAACUAGGAUGUUACACACAUCAACAUUAAGGUGGAAGGUGUGACGCCGUCUGCAAACAGAUCCAGAGAACAUGCAGAUGGUCUGUAACUGUAGCAUCAAUCAUGAAAGACUGGUGUCAAAGCCAGUUUGUCAGAGCGGUUCAUCGGGAGAAAGUCAUGGCAGAAAUGUGUCGGCUGUGGAAAUAAAGCUACGAUUCCUGAGAAUCCA